AUGUCGCCAAAGAAAACCCGUGCUUCGAAGGGAAAGUUUGCAGCCCAGGCGUCGGAGGAGGCGGAGGCUGCUGUCCCUUCAUUCGGAGUCCCUUUUUCAUCUAUGGCUUUCUCUGAGAGAGAAGACCCGGGUCAGAGUGGUACUCUUCACGCUUUUUUCAACGGCGACUUUCUGGUUAGAGAGGCCCGCCUAUUUAGUGAAGAUCGUGAUAAUAGUGUCCCAGAGUUGGUUCGUGAGGGAGGUCGUCGUACUCUGCGCGCUCUGCUGACUGAUUCACCCUUGACUUCAACUCGGGAUUCUACUGAACCGUUGAAGAAACUUGAUUAUCUGUUUGGCGAUUCGAUAGAAGAUCCAGACAAUCUCUGUCGUGGCCCUGAAAUUUGGUUGAAUGAACAUGAAGGUGCUUUUCUAUUCCUUGCUCCAUUCCCUCGACAGUAUUCCCUUCUGCAAUUAAGGAAUUUGGCUGUUUCGAGGAAAAUGACGUGGCACCUGACAGAAGAUCAUGAGCGCAUUCAUUGCGGAUUCAUUGGUAAAGAUGUUAGUGCUCCUGGCUCCACCGGUAGGCAUACUAUCCGUGGUCUUCAUCCGGGAAUAUUCGGACCAGAUGGUGGGCCCCAGAAUGAAUUGAUGAUAAGAGCCAACACGGUAAAGAAUAAGCUCGCUCGGGUUGGUCGAGAACUUCCCAUUCCAAAAUUUAGAUGUUACGGAUGGGUUCACUCUCUUCCCGACAAAUGGUGGGCUAGGAUGACCAACUAUGUACUCCAUCGUUGGGAUCAGGAGUUAAGGAACUUGGGAUUAUAUGCUCCAAUCCGAGCCAGCAUGCAUGGUCUCCCAGUCAGUGUAGAUCACUUCCUUGCCUUGUUCGAGUCUUACAUUCCGGAGACCAAUACAUUUCUUACCAAAUAUGGGGAGUUAGGGCUUCCGCUCCACGAAAUGAUGAAGAUGAAGAAGGCUGGCUCUCCUGCUUAUGACAUCCUCUGGGAAUUGACUUGUCAUUAUCAAAAAGCGAUAGCCAAGAUCGAGGUGAAGAGUAAGAAGGCGGCUCGAGUCAGUUUGAAACAGUUCGCUGACUACUUGUUUCAGAAUCUCGAGAGCCCGACCGGUGAAGCUGUCUGCGAAUCUCCUAUUCUGACUCCUUCUGAAGUUAAUGUGCUGAUUACCAAGAUUAACGCCCAGUCCUAUAGAACCGAGUCAUCCGAAGGCGGUUUUCUUAGGGGCACGAAAUUCAAUACUUUCUUGUGGCAAUCCACAAAGAAAAUGAGGCCUGAAACUCUCCUUUCUGGCUACCUGGCUAUAUGGCUAAAGAGAUGUGUAGUGCCGCAUCAGUCUUCCGAGGCGCUUCCUCUUGAAGUCCUCUUUCCCGCCGUGCAACUAGUUGUCAGAGGCAGAUUAUCUCUUCUCUCCGCUAUGAUUGCUGAUCUCCAUAGCGGUUUGCGUAACCUAGCCAACACCUUUACCAAAGUGGGUGCUGAGCCUUCAACUAAGAUUCCUUUGUCGAGCGUCGACGACCUGCCGUACACAUAUUUAAUGGCGUGGCUAGUUCUCCAUCGAGCGGACAUGAUGUCAGCACCUGACGCAUCUGAUCCAGAAAUCCCCUUGUUGCAGCUCUUAGAAGGAUGUAAGUGGUUAUAUCCUUCCCGACCGUGGACUGACCGGGUGAGGCAAUUCAAGAAUGCCAAGUGCUGGGAAUUCUAUAAGUGUUUCCCUCGGUUUUCUGGUGCCUAUAAUGACACGCUUGUUGACGAGGAAAUGCCUGGGGCUAACAGGACCUCUCUCGAUACGGGUAGUUUUCAUUGGCUCAUGAACAUUCGCCCAGGCUAUAAUGUUUUUCGAUCGAAGAACAUUUGCAGGAUUGAGCCUUAUUUUCCUUGCCGUUUUGCGCGACAAUUCGGCUACGAUCAAUUGUAUAUCGGGAAUCCCAAUAAAUGGUUGAUAAACUGCGGAGGCCUUAUUGAUGGGGUACGUGCCUGGUUCUGGAAUGUUGCUGGCUGUACCGGAGCUCGAUUUAGUUUGCCUGUCGCUGAGCCUGGUCUUUACUUAACCUUCCUCUACUGCCGGUGGAUUUUAGCCGCCAAUACUCCUCUUGCGAAGAAGAAGCUCCACGAACUGGAAUCCGAGGCUGUAGUUCGGAGAAUUGUAUCAAAAAAAGGAAAGGAGCCCGCUACGUCUUCUCGUAAAGGAAAACAGGUAGCUGAUUCCGAAGAGAGCGACGACUUCGAGACAUCCAGCGAAGAGGAUGAGACCCGAGGCGACGCAGAGGGUGAUGUACCUUUGUCUCCCGUGGCUCACAGGACUCGUCGAGCUUCUUCGCCCAAAUUACCCGGUGCUCCUUCAAAAGGUAUACAAAUGAAGGAAAAGAACAUUCCCCUGUCGUCCUCCAACAAGAUGACCUUGAGAUGGCUUUCUCAGGAGGGAGAGGCAGAAGAAGAGGAAGAAGAGGUUGCCCCGCUUAUUAACAGGAAAAGAUCUCGGCUUACUGCUCCUUCUGAGGUUCAACCUCAGCCGACUCAAGGAACCGAAUUACGUACCAAGUUUCGACAUGAAAGCUCCGAGGUUCCUCGAGAUUCUCGUGCCUCGAAGAGGAUUAAAAAGACGGCUCAUCGGGAACGCCAACUUUCUCCGUUAUUUGAGGAGAAGUUUACUCAGGAUCUUCCAGUUGAUGAAAGGGUUGAAUCAGAAGAGGAAGGGGAAAUCGUGCCCAAGCCUUCUUCUCCGGGUUUAAUGGAUGUUGAUGAAUCUAGCUUCACUGAACAAGUGCACAAGGCUAUGAACGAGGAACCCCUUCAUAUGGACAUUGUUCCUCCUCCAGCCACCACAUCGACCUCGCCAACCGCAGAUACAGUUAAACUAAAGGAGGUGAGUGCGGGUAGUAGCGCUGCUAAUCCCGCAACUAUUGUUGAAGACAUCACAGUCGACGAACCGGGAGAUAUCGAACUUACCCAUGAUAUGGGUAUCGGAGAUUUCGAUGAGCGAGACUUCGAUCUUGACAUUUCUGAAGAUGUACACCAGGAGAUCUCCGAUAUACUAUCAAAUCCGGUUCCAUCCGCUACUGCAGGACCAACUACUCGAGUUGAUUCAGCUGAAGCAGAUGCAUCAAAAGACGUAGGACCAACUAACGAAGUUGAUGCGUCUACCGUCAUCGGUGAAUGUGAUCAACCUGAAGGUCUGGGUUUCUUACUCUUGGCAAGUCCCCCAGCUGAAGUUGAACCACCAGUCACUGCUCCCCCGACUUCCGCUAUUGUCGAAGCUGAACCUGUUGUGCUUUCUGCUCCGACUCUAGUGGAUCAUGAAGUAGGAGGGUCAAAGGAUACAGCGGGAGAACAACCCCCUGCCGCUUCGACUCAGCUUGAACUUGUUCCUCAAGAUUUUGUCGCUUUGGAUCCGAAGCCAUCAGGUGUUUCAGGUGAACAACCGUCUCCUAUAGUAACUCAACCGACGAUCGUUAUUCCUGAACAGAUCCCUGUUGUUAUAGAAUCUGCUCUGACCUCAACAAGCCAAGCUAUUUCUUCUUCAUUGUCCGAGCGGAUUCAAGUUUUAUUGGCAGAUGAAGAUCCGGACAAAGCUGCCCUCUGUGUUGACGUCCAAAGCUUCGUUCAUUUCUUAAACGCCAUGGUCGAUCGGAUUCUUCUUAAAGGUUCACCAUUUGAACUUUUCAGGAAGUCUCUCGAUCGCCAUGUAUCAGGAAUUAAAGAACAGGGGUGCACCGAAUUAUCUAACUCCAUAGAAGCUUAUUUGGUCGAUCUUAAACAACACAUUGAACAGUUACAGAACUUUCGAGUUGAUGGCGCACCUUCUUACAUCGCUUCCGAAAUGGACCUGAGGCUACAAGCAUGGCGUGAUUCUCAGAAAUCCGCUGAAUCCGAACUUCAAACACUGAAGACUCGCAUUGAUCAACUCCGGGUGAGUGCUGCCAAGAAAGCUCAAAUCAAGGUAGACCUGUAUCGUGAUUUGGAAUCACGUCGGACAGAGGUAGCCCAGUUAGAGAAACGACUUGCCGAAGCUAAGGAUGCUUGCGAAUUUUUGGAGUCUGAUCUAGCAGAAGUAACUCAAGCUGAGGUGGAUAUACUCCGGCAACUUAAUUUCCAGAACAAGACUUUUGAUGACAAAGAACAAGAGGUUGCCAGAAUUCAAAGUAUCGAUGAAAGAAAAUUUAAAGCCAAACUGAUACCUGAGCUCGAAUUGGCUUACGCGACAAAGCUUUCUAAAUUAGAAGAUGAAUUCCGUCAUUACAAAUUAUUGUAAUUUUGAAAACAUGCAUCUUUUCUUUUGUGCUGCUUUGCUUGAACUCUUUUGGUUAAUACAAUGAACUUUUCUUUUUUAUUGAGAUUUUAUUAUGAUUACUCAUUCUUGUUUAGAAUAAAUAGU